AUGUUUUAUUUAUUAAUCUUUCUGGUUACGAUCUUGGUCGGAGUUAUAUUUGGAUCCUUGGUGUGGGGGAUAGUCGCGCAGCGCGUGGUACCGCCGUUCCGGCCACGGAGUAGUGGUAGCCCUGUCAAAGUUGGUGUCGUGCUUGGUUCUGGGGGCCAUACGAGCGAGAUGAUACGUGUGCUGAACACCCUACCACAUUCUUUCUGGGAAAACAGUCAUCCCUUUUAUGUAGUGAGUAAUACCGAUAGACAUUCCGCUCAACUAGCCCGCGAUUUUGAACAAACCGCCUUCAAGCGCAGAGGGGUUUUACAUGUCAUACCUCGGGCUCGCGAAGUGGGCCAGAGCUACUUCACCUCAAUUAGAACAGUACUUCUCGCUCUUUGGAGCUCCCUUAUCGUGGUGUAUCGAGAGAAGCCAGACGUACUGCUGACCAACGGCCCUGGGGUAUGUUUGCCGGUUAUACUAGCCGGUUUUUUGCUCCCUGCAUGGUGUCCCUGGUACGUUCGUCGACGGCCCAUCAUUGUGUAUAUGGAAUCCUUUACUUGUGUGGAGCAUCUUUCUCUGACGGGUAGGCUUCUUGCCCCUUUCCUAGCUGAUAUCUUCACGGUUCACUGGGAAGCUGUGCAGGUGGCGACGGCCCGAAUUCGAUGGCGAGGUCAGCUGUAUUGUAUAGGAAAUAGAUCCAAAACGAAUGACGAUGUUGCUAAAGCAGCACCUCACGAGCAAACCCUACGAGAAAACUACGCGCUCGUCACGGUAGGCUCCACCCGCUUUGACGAGCUCAUUUACGCGAUGCUCAAUACGUCGGCCUGGACGACGCUGCGGGCCCACUUCGCAAUUGAUAAGCUUUUAGUGCAGUACGGUGCGAUGGACUUCACGCCACUUCCCAACCAACCGAUGCGGUGGGACGCAGACCCGGCGAACCUCUCUACUGGGAUUUGGAGAGGGACCUGGGGAGGGGUGGUCGUUGAGGCCUUUUCCUACCGCCCUAAGCUGGAUCAAUGCAUAUCCGAUGCGUCCCUGGUUAUUACACACGCCGGGGCGGGGACGAUACUCGAAUGCCUGAACGCGCGGUGCCCAACAGUAGUCGUGCCGAAUCGGCGGCUUAUGUCAGACCAUCAACUCGACUUAGCAAAUGCAUUGAUGCGAAGGGGCUACUUAUACUGUGUUUCUGUGGAACAGUUAGGGGAUCAACUUCGGACGCUUAAUCUCAACAAGUUAUCUGUGUACCCCGGCAUGGAUGAAGAUUUACUUAUAGCAAAACUAACCUCACAUUCAGUUCACGACAAAAAUAACUUGGCUGAGGAAUAA